AAGCAGACGUCCGGCUAUCCGUACACAGGAAACGACGGGUUGUAAGUCUGUUUGAAGUCCUACUUCAAAUUUAAAUAGAAAAUCUUAACAUGGAAACAGACACUGUCACUAGUCUCGAGAAUCUGGGAUACUCCGGCACAUACAACGAUGUUGCUCAGUUGACACGCCUGCUUGAUCGCAACGACCCUACUUAUAUAGUAGAAAUGAGUAAACUUGUGAAUUUUUUGUCGGUUAAGUUAAAAUCCCUUUGCCAACUGGAAGAUAUGGUUAACACAAUUGAGAAACCUGAAGAAGCGGAGAUGUUUUGGAUGGAAUUGGCUGGACUUUUACGAGAACUCUAUUGUCCUUAUUCUGCUUUGACGGAUGGACCACCAGCAGCAAGACUUGCAAACAGAGAAAACCGUCUUAAACUAUUGAACUUUCUCAUUUCUGAAUGUCAAGCUGCAAUGAUGAACAAUCUUGAAAAUCAAUUGGAGAAGAGUUUGCCAAAAUCUGAAACUCCUACCUCUGAAAGACUGAAAUCUGCCUUGAUGACUUUGGGCUUUAGCAAGCCACCUUCUGAUAUCUCUGCUCAGCAACUAUUCAAUAAAAUGGGUGUCAAGAUUAGAGAAAUUUUAGCGUCAGCACCUAAAGGCUAUCCGGGACCUCCUUUACUCAAAACUGCGCUUACAGAAAAACAAUGGUCUCAGCUACAUCAACUGCUGGCAGAGCUGAACAAAGACUACAAACUAAGACGAGAAAUGUUACUAACCAGACUUGACGUUACAGUCCUAUCUUUUACGUGGUCACCAAACGUGAAAUCAAAAAUGGAUGAGGUAUCUGCUAUUUACCAACCAUUGAGAUCUAGCAUGCAGGCUGAACCCAAAGUGACAAUUAGCCGCUUGUUAUCUGCCAGAGAGGAUGUUGCGUACGAGGAGAAAACGAGUAGCGCUUCCGUUAGGGAGAAAACGAAAACUCCUCUCCAAAGAAUGCUCAUUGGCGAGGUCCCUGAUCGUGGAGGUCGUCCUACUGAACAGCGCCGACCACCACCCGAAAUGCCUGGAUGGCAGAAACGUAAACCGGAUGGAGGUGGUCGAGGUGGAUAUCGCGGUGGUGGGGGAGGAAGUCAAAGAGGAGGUGGCCGCGUCCAAGGAAGCACAACGACCCGAACAGCUUAUUCUCAUCCAACAAAUUCAACAAUGAAUAAGUUUGGUGGAAGAAGCGACAACAAACAAGUGGUUGCGCCUGGUGGAGUAUCUGGAGGACCUAUCACUUCAUUAGAACAACAGAGAAAACCAUACAUUCCAUUGGGGGAAAUUCGACGUAAUGUACCAAACCAGAUUAGACCUGCUCUUCCUGGUCAACAGCAAGUGCUUAUACCAAAUCCAGGACCAUCAAGCUAUCAAAGUUUGCCUGCCUUUAACCAACAAAUUUCUCAGAUCAGUCUUAAGCCAGUUGCUCUGAAAGAAGAUGGCGAGGAAGAAUUGUCCACACUGAUGAGUGAGGAGGAACUGAUGAUGCUAUCUGUCCCUGUCUUAGCCAGACGGUUACUAGAGGCCCAGAGCAGGAUUGCAACCCAAGCGUCAGAAAUUAAAGGUCUGAAAGCUUCAUAUCAAAGGCUUCAAGAGGAUAAUCAAGAGCUAAGAGACCUAUGCUGUUUUCUAGAUGAUGAUCGCCAAAAGGGACGCAAGCUAGCCAGAGAAUGGCAGCGUUUCGGUCGUUAUACUGCGUCAGUGAUGCGCCAAGAAGUCGCGUCAUACCAGAACAAACUGAAGCAGCUCGAAAACCGACAGCAAGAAUUGGUCAGGGAUAAUGGAGAACUUAAAGAACUUUGCCUUUAUCUGGACGAAGAACGAAGUGAAGUCCAACAAGCCCCAUGCCUCUCGUGUGGAGCUACUCCAUCCCCACCACCCACAGAAACCAUGGCUGGUCUAAAUCAACAACAGCAACCAGUACGUGAUGAUGGCGACGGUAGCAGUAGCAGCACCAACGCAGAUGAACCCCAUCUAAGCAUGCACCCGUCGCGAUCGCAUCUCUCGGUCAACCGUCCUCAAAGCCUUUCCGGAAUGGUCCACCAAAGGGUUAUCCGCACCAGCAGCCAAGAUCGAUUACUUGAUGACCACUCGCAAAAUCGUUCAAUGUUAGCAGAGCAACUGCUGCAGUAUACUCGCCAACUGGAGCUGCGCAUUCUUCAGAUGGAAGAAGAGCGGAGUGGCCAAUCGGGAAACAUUAGCCGUCAACCUCAGCAGCAGCAAAAUCAAAGGCUGCGUCCACCUCAUCCUCCGCCGUAUAACGCCGUCCACAAUCAACGAGCUGUCGAACUAGGUAUCCGUUCAGACGAGAUACAGCAAGAAGAAGAUCAACUCGUCCAUUCUCGUCCUGAAGCCGUCACUCGUGCUCUCCGUGUUCUACAGGUCAGAGAAUUUCUCGAACCAUCUAGUUUGGGCGUCAUUCCUUCCGUUAGUCGCAGCUCGUCCCGCCAGAGGAGCGGACUGGUUACUCCAGAUUCCGAGUUGGCUGACGAAGAGGUUGACCGCCUCGGUCAGCAAGCUUCGUCAGACGGAGAAGCUCUGGGUGACGGUGAACGUGCUCUGGUUCACGCUAUGUGCAACGUGGUCUGGAGAAAAUUAGAAGAGGCGCCGUCUCUUUAAGAUCUAGGAAACAACAAAAAGAAAAUAAAUUACGUUAUUACGUUGACCUGAUUUGCUCCGGCCCCCGAGUGACGUUUUCUCCUUUUUUCUUUUGACCCAAUCAAGCCGUCCCAAAACUCAUUUUUCGUGCCAAGGCGAUUAUUUUGUCGUCUCUUUUCCCAAUUCCGUCCACUUUGUUUUAAGGUGACACUCUUUUGUAUGUAGUGGGUGUCAUUUAAUUUCAUAUCUGCCAUUUUUCUUUUCCUUUUACUUGACAUUCUUUAUUACAACUGUCUUCUUUCCGAAACCGUGUUUGGAAUGAAGCCCUACCUCCUCCCGCCUUGCCUCUUUAAUUGAUUCAAUCAUUGUUAAACUUCAUUUUCACUAAUCCCAUCGGAGAAACAAAUACAAAAUCUAUUUAUUCGCAAA